AGAGUUCAGAACAGAGAGUAGAACAUGCUCCAAAAGCAAGCCACAUGUAAGAUUUUCUAUCAUACCUGUACAACUGCAUCACCUGGAUAUAGCACAAGAAGGAGUGAGAGAAGACCAGACAAAAGGAAGAAUCAUAAAGAGUCUUCUGCACAGCCAUGCCACUCUCACACAGCUUCCUGUCCGAAGAGCAACUGCUGUGUUCCAUCUGCUUAGAUGUGUUUGACAAUCCUGUGUCCACACCCUGUGGCCACAGCUUCUGCAUGGCCUGCAUUGUUCAGUACUGGGAUUCAGUCAAGCACUGCCAGUGCCCCCUCUGCAAGCAGACCUUCAAGAGAAAGCCUGAUCUCCACAUUAAUCGCACUCUCCGUGAGAUCACCGAACAGUUCAAGCAGAUGAUGGGCAAAGCAGGAGCCUGUGGGGGGGUUGGGGUAGGUGCAGAGGUUGAGGAUGGGGGAAGAAAACAACGGUCAGUUAACAGGACACUAAAGCCAGUUCAUCUACCAGGUGAUCUUAUUGAUGAAAUAAAAUGGAAAUUCACCAAGCCUUCUCCAAAUGGCAGUUCUCAAGCAUGUCAUGAUAAACCCAGACUGAAACAUACCGUCACAUCAAACAACGAUAGUGCUGAUAGCGCCCAGCCAGCCUUUUUAACCAGACAGGUGUCAAUGCGAAGGUUUACUCUAAGUGGGGCGGCAGACGCUAUGAAAGUGCCCCUUUGUCCAAAACACCACCGCAGCCUGGAGCUGUUCUGUCAAUCCGAUUUGGAAUGUAUUUGUGUAGAGUGUGGACAAACAGACCACCACUCACACAACAUCAUAUGUGCAGAAAAAGAGUGGCAUUGUAACAAGAUGAAGAUUGGUAUCGCAGAGACAGCGAUGCAGGAGAUGACCAAGGAGAGGAUGCAGAAAGUGGAGGAGAUAAAACAUUCACUGACUGACAUCAAAAUGCUGGGUGAACGUGAGGCACAACGCAACAAGCAGGUGAUUGGAGCAUUGGUGAGCUCCAUCGAGCGCAGUCAGGUGGGACUUUUGGAGGUGAUGGAGAUUAAUCGUCAAUCAGCAGAGCACCAAGCUGAGGUGAUGAUCAAAGAGUUGGAGCAGGAGAUCGCAGAGCUGAGGAGGAGGGGCUCUGCACUGGGUCAACUGGCCCAAACUGAAGACUAUGUCACAGGACUGAGGGUCUACUCUGAUCUCAGCACCCCCUUGUCAAUCAAAGACUGGACAGGAGUCUCACUGACCUGUGACCUCGGAACCAAAGCAUUUUACGACUCUGUUUGUCAAAUACUGGAACAGUUUGAGGAGCUUCAAAAACAACCUGCCAUUUGUGGGUUCACGUUGACACCUGGGAAACACAAAGCUACUAUGCCAUCUAGUGGCAGGUGUAGAUGUAGCAUGCACGGUCUAGAUUUGCUGCCCAUGCAAUCAAAAGUGUUACUUGACAUUCUGCUUCCUUCUGCUUUAGGCUUCUCGGUGUCUGCUGACCAAUCACCAAUGAGGUCACACCCAAAAGUGAAGAGAAUACAAGAAUAUGCAGUGGAUGUGACCCUGGACACCAACACUGCCCAUCCUCGCCUCGUCCUAUCAGAAGACAGAAAGAAGGUGUGGUGUGUUGACAGGCACCAACUAGUUCCCAACAACCGUGAGCGUUUCGAUCGUGUGGUUUGUGUACUGGGACACAAGGGCUUCACCGGUGGCCGACACUACUGGGAGGUCGAGGUGGGUGACAAGACCGACUGGGACCUGGGGGUGGCUGGUCAUUCCAGCAACAGGAAGGGUAAGAUCAUCGUCAGUCCCAGCAACGGCUACUGGUUCUUAAGCUUGCGGGACAAAAAUAACUAUGCCUUCAGGACAGAGCCUUCUACUGCACUAACUCUCAGGCUGAAACCUCAGAAGAUAGGGCUGUUUGUGGACUAUGAAAAAGGCCAAGUGUCCUUCUUUAAUGUAGAUGCAAAGACGCUCAUCUACACUUUCAUGGAUAACUUCUCUGAGACCAUUUUUCCGUUCUUCAGUCCCUGUACCAACAAAUCAGGCAGAAAUGAUGCUCCGCUGGUGAUCACGCCUGUCCUUCUCGACUGAACAGUGAGGAAAGAGGUUUUAGAUGGAUAUUUGCAUUGUUACUGGUCUGUCUCUUUGAACAUUUGGACAUUGGCACAUAAAGUCUAUUUCAGUGAUUACACAGAAAACACUUUCACUGCUAAAAAAAACAAUCCUUUUAUACCAACAAUUAUGCUCUAAAGUCCAUUAUUUUAAUAACAUAACAAAAUCAACAUGUGUUUUGGAAUAAUAUAUAUUCAUGUGUCUUAUCAAAUUGAACAAUAAAAUUACACUACAAUCCGCAACGAGUAACAAUCUACAAUCAUCAAUGUCAACAUUGUACCAAUAUCCUCUAUUUGUCAGGUACUGAAGAGGAAUAAUAUUAUAUAUUAAUAAUAACUUUUUUUAUUGGUGAAUUCAUGUGUUUAGUAUAUCAGUGUUGUAGGCCUAUUUCAUUUAGACUAAUUAGUUUCCAGUCUUUCCAGCCUAGUUUCCAAUGUCUGUUCACAAGAGAUUGUGUUUAAGGGAACGUUGAUUUAGUGUUAAUUUCAGUGUUAAAUAACAAGUUACUGCAUGUAAUUUCUCUGUUUCUGUUUUUCCCUCCCACCCUUCUGCCUCUGACCACUAAACUUAUAACGUCCCACCCUGUCUCUGUCUCUUUCUUACUAACUGUGUACCAGACAGCAUUGGGCCAUAUUUCUCAACAGUGAAACAAUGGAAGUUAAAGCUUUCACUUACAUAAUAUGUAACAUCAAAACCACCCAAUGUCUGCUAAAUACACUGUAAUCAACACUAACUAUCUUUACAUUGUUGUUCUUUUACGGCUCUCGGUAACUCCCAAACCAAACCUAACGGUAUUUGUACUCUGUACAUCGUGCUUGCUGAAGCAUGUCACAAAGUAACUGUCAGAGAGAAAACACCUGAGGGCUGACAGGAUGAAUGCAUUGCCCCAACACACCGCACAGUGGCAAAACUACUGGCUUUUCAAUUGUACUGAAGAGUAACCACCUGUAAGAGUAACCAAAACUAAAAUUUGUUUUUAACUGAAAGGUUUAAUGUGUUCUCGUGAAAAGGGUAUUCCAGAGCAUAUUUCGAGUUUUAUGCACUGAAGUAAAAAGUAAAGCAUUUAAAUGAUUAUAUCAGCCAACAUUUAAAUUAUAAAAUCUCAACACAAACAAUGGUUUGGUAUAAUAAGAAUUAUAUCAUUAGAAAGCUUAAAUGUCCCUUGUAUUGUAAUGUAUUUCUGGGUCAAAGUGAUUGAAGAUAUUUUAUAUUAUUUAUAAUAAAAAAAAUUGUUUUGAUAGUUUGU